AUGGAUCCGCCAUUGCCUAGAAAUUCUUUUGGAAAUAUCUUCCGACUUGCAACAGUCCUUCUGUCUAGUGAAGAGAGGAAUGGCCUUGUGGGCAAAGUGAGAGCCGCGAUAAGAAAAAUUGACAAUGAGUAUGUGAAAAAAUUACAAGACCACGCUCAACACUUGAAUUUUCUCAAAGAGGCUAGUGGAAAAGUCAUGAAAGAAGAUAUAGUUCCAUUCAAUUUCAGUAGUUGGUGCAAGUUCCCCAUGUAUGAAGUGGAUUUUGGUUGGGGAAAUCCCAUGUGGAUUGGUCUGGUUAGCUUGCCUUUCAAGAACGUAGUUAUAUUUAUAGACACCAAAAGUGCGGAUGGAAUAGAGGCAUGGGUUAACUUGAAAGAGGAAGACAUGGCUAAAUUUGAAAGUGACACAGAGCUCCUUGCAUAUGCUUCCACCACAACCUUAAAUGCUUAA